AUGAAGUUUUCUAUCAGUGUCCUUACGUUGCUCUUUAGCAGUUCUCUAGUCGCUGCCGAGGGCUUAUCGUUGUUUGGCAACGGUCAAAAAGUCCUCGACGAUAAGGGAGGAGCAGUUCCUGGCAUUAAUCCUCUUACCUACUGCAAAGCAGAUCAUUCUUCCGAUAUCCUCCAGCUCGAUCAUGUCAAUUUGACUCCUAAUCCUCCAACUGCUGGAAAUAAACUUACUAUCGAGGCGGUCGGUACAUUAUCGCAGAAGUUGGAAAAGGGCGCAUAUGUGAUCUUGCAGGUCAAAUAUGGCUUGAUAAGACUUGUCAAUAUGCAGCAAGAUUUGUGUGAUCAGGUAGCCAACGUCGAUUUGAAGUGUCCGGUUGAUGAGGGAAAGAUCACGAUUGUAAAGGACGUUGACUUGCCAAAGGAAAUUCCUCCGGGAACCUACUCGGUCUUCGCCGAUGCGUAUACCAAAGAUGGCAAGGACCACAUCAUUUGCUUAGAAGCAACGAUUACAUUUUCUCGUUAG